AUGUCGAGGGCACCGAGUUCCUCUGAGAGCAUUGCAGAGAAGGCGGAUAAUGUCCAGAUAAUCGAUUCUUCACCAGGCCCGACGCCCAAGGAUGCAGAACCGGUGUAUCAUCCAUCUCUGACUCCGCUGCAGGAAGCGAAGCUAUGGCGCAAGGUUGACUGGCAUAUCUUACCCAUUCUUACCGUCAUGUAUCUUUGCUCUUUCCUGGAUAGAGGGAAUGCAAAACUGCAGGGAAUCACAACCCAGCUAGAUCUGACAGGGAAUAAAUAUAACAUUGCCCUGGUACGUGGUCGUCUAACGUAUUUGGUCCUCAAGAAAUUGCGGCCAUCCAGAUGGCUCCCAGGCAUUACGGUCGUUUGGGGUGUGAUCAUGACCCUGAUGGGACUCGUGAAGACCUAUCCCCAACUCGUUGGUGCACGCGUUUGCCUGGGAGUCGCGGAAGCUGGGCUGUUUCCCGGUGUCGUGUGGUACAUGUCAAUAUGGUAUCCGCGUCAUAUGCUACAAUUCCGAGUGGGGUUGUUCUACGGUGCCGCGACUGUCGCCGGUGCAUUCUCCGGCGUCCUCGCAUAUGGAAUUUCAUUCAUGUCUGGGACCCGAGGCCUGCUUGGAUGGUCCUGGAUCUUCAUCCUGGAGGGCAUUGCUACAGUCGUCGUUGGGGGUGUAGCAUUCCUUGCAGUCUUAGUAGACUUCCCGGACACGGCCGAGUUCCUGAAUGAGGAUGAGCGUGCAUACCUGAUAUGGCGCAAAAGUACGAGUACGUUGACAUGUCUGCCAGAAUAUGAUAAUUCGACGGUCGGGGAAGAAGAACACUUCGAAAUGAGACAUCUUACAGCGAUUGUCUUAGAUUGGCAGAUAUGGAUGCAAAUCCUCGUCUACAUGUCGAUUGUCGCCCCGCUCUACGGAAUUUCGCUGUUCCUACCAUUUGGUUAUGGUACCGCAAUCAGUCAACUUCUGACUGUGCCACCCUAUAUCUGUGCAACGAUCGUUCUCAUGAUAUUCGCUUUGUGGUCCGACCACUUGAAAAUGCGCUCGCCCUUCAUCUUAGCAGGACUAUUGAUGUGUCUUGUCGGCUUCUCCAUUAACAUUUCCGAUGCGCCCAUAGGAGCCAAGUACUUCGGAACCUUUCUCUGCGUGUCCGGAUCGUACGCUGCAUUUCCUGGAAUUGUUACCUGGCUCGGUAAUAACCUUGCAGGCCAAUACAAGCGGGGGGUAGGCAUGGCGUUCCACAUCGGUAUUGGGAACUUCUCCGGUGCGAUAGCAAGCAACAUAUACCUCUCACAUGAUGCACCCCGGUAUAUCAUGGGCCACGCACUGGAACUCAUGUUCAUUGGGAUCGGCUUGGUAUCCCUUCCAAUUACUGUCCUGGCGUACAGACGAAUCAACGCACGACGAGACGCCUUGCAAAGAGAGUUAGGAGAGAAGGGCGGCAUCUACAGUGCUGAUGAGCUGCGAAGGAUGGGAGACCGCGCUCCGGAUUUCCGCUACACAUUGUAG